CCCCCGGACUGGAAGGAGAACAAGUUGAGAGUAAAGUCAGGAACAGAUUGGACAGAAAGAGACAGAAAGAUAUUUAGUCCUGGGUUUUAGUUUGGGACUUUGUGUGGAGAUGAAGCUUCUCCUCAGAGCCCUGAGUGCUCUGCUCUGCUGCUCGCUGUCCUCCUCACAAACACUGGAUCCUGCUGGAAGGAACGUCUGCCACAAUAUCAGGGACCCCUCCACCCUGGUCUGUUGCACUGGAUGGCGUCAAGAGGGAAAAGAGUGUACCAUACCUGUGUGUGAGGGUCAGCAGGCCUGCCUGAAGGAAGAGCUCUGUGUGUAUCCUGGAGUGUGUCGCUGCCCACCUGGCUACUACGGAGCUCACUGUAAAACACCUGUAACAGCAGCUGCCCCGCCCUGCAGUUUGGCCUCAACUGUUCCUCCGUCUGCGACUGUGGUGAGGGGAACGGCUGUGAUCCUGUCACUGGUGUCUGCCCCAACAGUACGUCCAUCCAUCCCCAUCAUCCGUCCAUCCCACAUGAGCAACCCCGCCUCCAGCUGGGAGAUCAUCGGAGACUCAGAGGCCACUGAUGAGACGGGGCAGGGACCAUCGCCCUGA